AUGACGGCUGUGCGAGGUAUACAAGAAAUAGAUAACCCAGAACGCCUUCGAUACUUCCGGGCGAUCGAUCAACUUCGCAGUCUCGGUGUCAACGAAGAACUACCUCUUCCGCAGGCAAGAAUUCGCCUCGAACAUCACAUUAUUGUGGUUGGAGACCAGUCCAGCGGGAAGUCAUCACUCCUUGAAGGUCUCACUGGUCUCUCGUUCCCAAUUGCCUCCGACCUAUGCACACGUUUUGCAACACAGAUUGUCCUGCAUCGAACGCCUGGAGAAAAGCCCGCUGUCAAAGCCUCCAUUGUCCCGGGCCCCUCCAGUGUGGACGAUGAGGACCAAAAGGAACGGCUGUCGAAGUUUGAUAUACAGAUGGCCGCUGAUGAGCUGAGUGGAACCAAGUUCGCCUGGGUUCUGGACGAGGCCGCGAAAUGCAUGGGGUUGCCGGGCUCGGACGACCAAAACGUUCAAAACCUGGAGAAGCGUUUCUCGGACGACAUUCUGCGUAUUGAAAUCUCCGGGCCGGAUGAACAUCAUCUGAGCGUGGUCGAUGUGCCUGGUCUUUUUCAUAAUCCUACCAAGUUCCAGACUCGAGAAGACUUGACGAUUAUUCGAGGACUCAUCGAGAACUACACGAGAGAUGAAAGGACUAUCAUUCUGGCGGUAAUGGACGCACGAAACAAUCUGGCGAACCAAGAGGUCUUCAAGAUGGCCCGCGCAGCCGAUCCCGAUGGUAUUCGUACAGUCGGCAUCAUCACCAAGUGCGACGCGCUGCAGUCUGGAGAUGAACAGGGGGUUCUCAAUAUUGCUAAGAAUACUGUCGAGCGUCUUCAGCAUGGCUGGUUUGUGGUGAGAAACAGGUCGACCAAAGAGAUACUGGAUGGAGUGUCUAUCUCUGAACGUCACGAGAACGAGAGGCGGUUCUUCCAGCAAGCUCCUUGGAAGGAGCUGCCAAAAGACCGAGUCGGUGUGAAGGCAUUGAAGCCUUUCCUCGGCCAAUUGCUGUACGAGCACAUUCGCCGUGAGUUCCCUGCUCUUGUCAAGGAGAUCGAAGACCUUGUUCGAGAAACGGAGCGAAAAGUGGAAGAACUCGGACCUCCUCGCCAAACCGCAGCAGAACAGCGUCAAUACCUGACGCGUCUUGCGAAUCGGUACCAACGCAAUGUGGAGGAUGCCCUCAAGGGGAACUAUGCCGCAGAUCUCGAUGCGAAGAGCCCACUGAAGCUACGAAUGCAUCUUCGCGAUCUGGCAGACCAGUUUGAGAAAGACCUCCGGUUGAAAGGACAUACGUCCCCCUUCCAGCAACCCGAUGGAUCAGUCGAUGAAGACUACCUCGACGAGGAGGACGAGUCAGAAGCCCCCGACAUCAGGCAAUGGAUCCAAGAAAGGUACAGAGAUUCUCGUGGCGCGGAACUGCCCGGCAUGGUCAAUCCGGCACUGCUGGUUAAUCUGUUCCGAGAGCAAACGGUUCAAUGGGAACGGAUAGCUUGCGGCUAUCUUGACCAAGUGAUUAAGCUCCUUACCAAGUAUGCUCAACUGGAGUCUCGCCGAACGGAGGAAGAUGAAAAGACCCGCACCUAUCUAGACUCCCUUAUACUGUCCGGGAUCGAAACUACCAAUGCCUUGGCCAAAAACCGGCUCAUGGAGCUGUUACAAGACGAGCGAGGCGGGAUUUUACAGACUGUCAAUCACUAUUUCGCGGAAACGCUUGCAAAAAUCCGUCAAGAUCGCGUUAUUGCUCGUCUGAAAGCCCUUGGCUUUGGAGACGGCCAAUACCAAUCUAUUAAUUUCGGAGAGCUUACUGGUGCUGUGCACCUAAGUAACGAGGACCAAGCCGUCAACGACAUUCACGAUGCCCUAAAAGCCUACUACCAGGUAGCCAUCAAAAGGUUCGGGGACUACAUGGUGAUCCAGGUAGUUGAGAGAUUGAUGGGUGAUCAAGGACCGCUCAAAGUAUUCUCAUCGGAACGCGUGGGAGGUUUCUCUGAUCAACAGCUGGCCGCGAUGGCUGCUGAGAGCUACACAACUUCAACGGCAAGGGUAGAGCUCGAGCACCGGCGCCAGAGGUACCGUGAGGCCCUUAGUGUGGCCAAAAGCGUGUGA